UCUCUAGCACCACAGAGGCAUUCAAAAGGGCUGGGAGGAGCCCGGGCUCUGUCCUUUCUUGGUAUCAGAGUUGUGUGGGGACCAUCAACACAAUGAGCCGGUAGGAAAGGCUGUUGCCAGCCCUGAGCCCUGCUCUCCUCUCUGAGGGCUCGGAGCUCUGGGCUGGCCCUGCCUCUUGGCCUCUCUCCCUAGCUCUAAGGAAAUGGAGGAUUGCUCCAGCCGCUCUGUGCUCUGUCAUCUCCCUUCCCUGCUUCUGCUCAUCCAGCUGCCCCCGGCGGGGUCCGCAGGGGAGUUCUUUGUGAUUGGCCCCUUAGACCCCAUCGUGGCAAUGCUAGGCGGGGAUGCCACUCUGCCCUGUCAUGUGUCCCUGACCAUGAGUGUGGAGAACAUGGAGCUGAGGUGGUUUCGCUCCAAGUUUUCAGAAGUUGUGUUCAUCUAUCAAAACCAACAGGAGCAGAACGAGGAGCAGAUGGCCCAGUAUGCAGGGCGGACCUCUCUGGUGAGGGACCUCCUCACCCAAGGGGAGGCUGCAGUGCACAUCCACAACGUCCAGGCUUCUGACGAUGGGCCGUAUACCUGCUUCUUCAGAAAGGGAGGUUUCUAUGAAGAGGCCAGUUUGGAGCUGAAGGUGGCAGGUGUGGGCUCUGCCCCUCAAGUGCACGUCAAAGGGCCGGAGGAGGACGGGGUCCGUGUGGUGUGCAUGGCCUCAGGGUGGUUCCCGAAGCCCCAGGUGCAAUGGAGGGACCUCAGUGGAGAGAAGUUCCUGGCAUUCUCCGAGACGCAUGCCAGAGAUGAGGAAGGGCUGUUUAGUGUAGAGGCCUCUCUGGUGGUGAGAGACAGCUCUGCAGGGAACGUGACCUGCUCCAUCCUUAACCCCAUCCUGGGCCAGGAGAAGACGAUGGCCAUUUUCAUCCCAGAGCCCUUCUUCCCCCAGGCCUCUCCCUGGAAGCCAGCUUUCAUAGUGAUCCUGACCGUGAUGAUGCUCCUACUCCCUGGGGCUGGGUAUUACACCAAGAGAGAACAUUCCACAAAGUUGCAGGAGCUGCAGAAACAGAAGGGUCUGCGCCAGGCUAAGGAAGAAGACCAGCAGGCAAAGGAGGAGGCACUGAAGGCCAGAGAUGAACUCCAGGCAGAUCUUGAUUGGAGGAAAUCAGUUUACCUGGCUGCUUGGAGGAAGGCCCAGAUGUACGCGGAUUGGCGAAAGGAGAAGUUCCAGGCCUGGUCUGUCACUCUGGAUCCAGGCUCUGCCCAUCCCAACCUUUCCCUUUCUCCCAAAAAGACGAGUCUGACCUGGAAGGACACCCAUGUGGACUCAGGAGACACCUGCAGUAUCUUGGGUCUUGAGGGCAUCACAUCAGGACGCUGUUACUGGGAUGUGGAGGUCAGGAAUGGAGACAGAAGCGAGUGGGCUCUGGGGGUCUGUAGGGGAGAUGUGAAAAGGAAGGGCUGGUACAGAGAGUCCCCAGAUAAGGGGUUCUGGGUUGUGGGGCAGUUUGGAAAGAAUUAUUGUGCCUGUACUAUCUCUGACACUUCACUAUCUCUCAGGCAGUUUCCCCACAGGGUGGGGGUUUUCCUGGACUACAAUGAAGGGGAUGUCUCCUUCUAUAACAUGAGUGAUGGCUCCCACAUUUUCUCCUUCCCUCAGGCAUCCUUCUCUGGGACCCUCUUUCCAUACUUCAUGCUUAAGUCAGGAAAGAUGUCCCUGACCAUCUGCCCCACUGUGGGUGGGUCUGAGGGGUUCCCUGUGCCCAUUAACACUUCUUUUUCUUCUUUGGAGGAGCCUGUGAGCCUCCCAGGGGAGGAGUUCAGCUCAGGCUCUGGUGUUGAUGGUGCUCCCCCAGGGGUCGAAUCUCCAUUACUCCCCUGCAACCCUGAGGCUGCGUCCCUAUAGGGCCCCAUCACUGUCUCAAACCCCUCUCUGUGGCUCUUCCUAGAGCUGCAGACUCCAUGUGGCAAAGGCCUCUGAGGUGAAUUCUAGCUGGCUGGGCAUCUUGACCUCCUGCCCUGGAUGCAGACUCCUGGGCAUGUGGUUAGAGAAUAGUUAGUUCAAGCCUUGUGCUCAGGUAGCAGAUUAUAAAAGUUGACUGAGCUGGUUUGGG